AUGGAGCAGGUCAAGCUUCUCCGGCGCCGCACCACGGACCUGCUCGCCAACGCGCAGCAGAACAUUGCCACCACCCAGAAGGGAUUCUUCGCCAGCGCCCAGGAGAACCUAGCACACGCCCAGAAAAACCUACCGGCCCUGUCGAUGCCGCAUUUUGGCCUGCGCGGGCAGUCCUCCCCCGCGGACCACGGGCCCAAGGGUACCUGGGAACUCAUCGACAAUAUCCCCGCCCUGCGGCGCUCCGCGCACCCGCUCGACAUUAUCGCCGGCAGUGCCUACAUAUUCGGAGGCGAGCUCAACGGCCAGAUUGCCGAUAAUGACAUGCACGUUGUGCGCCUGCCAGUCAGCGGCGCCAGCACUGACUACUACCGCAUCGCCGCCGCCGCCGCCAAGCCCGACGAGGCAGACGCUGACGAGCACGGCAAGACCGCAUCAGAAGCCUCCUCGGACGGCGCAGGCUCCGAGGCUGGUAGCAGCAGUCCCAGGUUCAGGGGCAAGGGCAAAGAGCGCGCCAUUGACAUUGUCCGGCCCGAUCUAGGCGACGUCCCCGCAGCACGGGCCGGCCACGCCACGGCCGUCAUUGGCUCGCGUAUCUUGCUCUUUGGCGGCCGCGGCGUCGAUGGAAAGCCUGUUGAAGAGGCCGGACGCGUUUGGGUCUUUGACACACGCACCUGCACCUGGAGUCAUCUCGACCCCGCGCCGGCCGUCAUGGGCGGCGCUAUCACCAUUCAUCCCAACGCGCGCAGCGACCACUGCGCCGCGGCGACCGACAAGCCCCAAGAUUUUGGCUCCUCCCGCACCACCACUUCUUCUCCUCCCACAGCUCCUCAUCCUCCACCGUCGACCCCCACGACACUGCGCAGCCGCGCGCAGGGCUGGCGCGACUGGGCCGUCGGCGACACCUCCAAGACAGGCAUCCCGCAGGACCCCGUGGUCGGGCAAGUCGCCGAGAGCGCCGUCGACGAGGAGUCGCGUGGCUACGGAACACUCUUUAUCCACGCGGGCCGCCUCAACAACGGCAGCGGCAGCAACGACAUUUGGGCCUUUGACGUGCGCUCCCGUAUGUGGACGGAGCUGCCAUCCGCACCGGGCCCCGCGCGCGCCGACACCGCAAUCUGCAUCAGCAAGAGCCGGCUCUUCCGCUUCGGUGGCGCAGACGCCAGCAACGGUGAGAAACUCGGCGGGCAGCUCGACUACCUGCACCUCGAGGUCGAUAUCAUGGACGGCAAGACAGAGGUCGGAGUGCGCGCCCGCGACGGCUGGCAGACGAUUUUGCAGCGCCCGACCAGCACCUACAGCAGCACCGUGACGCCCUCGGAGCCGCUCCUCGCCUCGCCGCGCAGCACCAACAGCGCGCCGGAAAUUCCUGUCGACGGUGGCGUGCAUCCGUGGCCGUGUCCCCGCAGCGGCGCCGUUUUUGAGGCAAUGACCAUGGGCGGCGGCCGUGAGGUCCUUGUGCUGGCGUUUGGCGAGCGCGGCACUGACCAGCCGCCUCUCGACGAUGUGUGGCUGUUCCAGGCGCCCCCGCAGGGCAUGUCGGCGGCGAGCGUGACAGCGGCUGUGCUGCAGGCCGUGGGGCGCAAGACGGGCGAGGGCCGAUGGGCCCGCGUGGCGACGCGGCCGUACGACGACGACGAUGACGAGGCAGGAAAGGGAUGGGCGGCACUGCCGCAGGGACGGGCACUACUGGCGAGCGCGCCAAUGACGAACCUCGAGGACAGCGGCGUCUUGGUCUGGGGUGGAGUAGGCGAGGACGGCGAGACGUUUGGCGAUGGUUGGGUUCUGAGGCUGUAG